AGGAGUAUCAUCCGGAGAUGCCCCUAUGGACUUGCGACAGUUCAGGGUGCUCAAAGGAGAUGAAAAGUGUGGUCCUGGAUGCGAACUGGCGCUGGCUUCACAAUGGUGAGUACACCAACUGCUACAAGGAUGGUGACUUUGACACAACCUUGUGUCCAGAUCCAGUGGCAUGUGCAGAGAACUGCCAUUUGGAAGGCAACUCGAAAAAGCACUACAAGUCUACUUACGGCAUCAAGGAGAUCGAUGAUGGCAUCCAGCUGAACUUUGUGACCAAAGACAAGUACGGCUCCAACUUCGGCUCCCGCAUUUACAUGCUAGAUGGGCCUGAAAAGUACACAAUGUUCAAGCUGAAGAACAGGGAGUUCACCAUGACUGCAGACAUGUUCUUCAUGCCUUGUGGCCUAAAUGGGGCAGUAUACUUUGUAGAGAUGGAUGCAGAUGGUGGUAAAGAGCGUGCAACAGCUUCUGGGGGUUCCAACACUGCUGGAGCCAAAUACGGCACUGGGUAUUGCGAUGCUCAAUGUCCGCAUGAUAUGAAAUUCAUGGAAGGCAAAGCAAACGUGAUUGGAUGGAAUGGGAGCCACACUCCUCCGAUCGGCAAGUGGGGUGCCUGUUGCGCAGAGAUGGAUAUUUGGGAGGCGAACUCAAAGGCAACAGCAUACACGCCACACCCAUGCUCCAUUACCGGGCCCUAUACGUGUGAAGGCAUCGAAUGUGGCGACAACAGCAAGGAGCAGCGGUAUGACGGAGUUUGCGAUAAAGAUGGUUGCGACUUCAACUCAUUUCGCUUGGGAGACGGAACAUAUUAUGGUCGCGGCAAGAAAUUCGCUGUCAACAGCAGGAAAGACGUGACGAUUGUCACUCAAUUCAUCACCGAAGGCAACACAGACGAUGGAGAUCUAAUCGAUAUUAGAAGGUUCUACGUGCAAGAUGGAAAGGUCAUUCCCAAUUCGAACAUUUCGAUUGCGGGAGUGACUGGAAAUUCCGUCACGGACAAAGUCUGUGCAGAUAUGAAGGCAGCCUUUGGAGAUAUCGAUGACUUCACUCGGCAAGGCGGGUUGAAGGCAAUGGGAGAGGCCUUGAACAGAGGAAUGGUGUUGGUCAUGUCGCUGUGGGAUGAUGCGGAAGCCAAUAUGCUUUGGCUCGACUCCAACUAUCCACCCAAUGAGGACCCAUCAACUCCAGGUGUGCCCCGUGGUACUUGCCUUACAAGCACGGGUAAGCCUGCCUAUCUUCGGGAAAAGUACCCUGACGCCCGCGUCAAGUACAGCAAGAUAAAGGUUGGAACAAUCGGGUCAACCUUCGGGAGCACAGAAGAUGAUGAUGACGAUGAUGACGGGAUUUGGGACGAUGACCGGAGACUCCAGGAGAUCCACGUUUGAGGGCGUGAUUUGAACCAUGGCCCCCUUGACCCUCUGACUUUCACUGUAAUCUGUGGAAGCUCCGAGGUCCCCGCAAUCAAUUAGGGCUAAUAUGGCCCUGUUGUGCUGGUCCAGGCCGUACAGGCCCAGAAUGAUUGGCUGGUGCAUUUGGGGUCUCUGCUGGACUUGACAAAGUCACUAGUCUUGAGCUUCGCACUGCGGUGCAUCGAAUCUAUGCAGAGAGGUUUUCCGAGCACCAUGAUAGCCAUGUGAAUUCGACAUAUGCACGAGCAUGCGUGACCUUCCCUCGGCAUUGAUGUGGCACUAAGCAGCCGCAUUCUGCCGGAAGCCAUAUAGACUAUGUCCCUUUAGGACAAGCACUGAAUAGCACUGAUGAUACUUGCGCGAGACUGAAGUCCUUUAGACGCGACAUGCGCUCAUCGUUUCUUCAAAAAGGUGACAUGUGAUGAAUGUAAUCUGCAGGAUUUUGACACCAACUACUGUCAUAAUGUCAUACGUUUGAACGUUCAGUUCGAAAGGUAAGUUUCCCUAAAAAUCUAGGAACCAAAUGAAUAGUGCGAGCGCUUCUUCGAGGAAGCUCCCCCUGGCCCUCAGGCGGGGGGGGCUACUAUCUAGCUUACCUCUUCUAUAUCGGCCUACCUGCCCCCGGGCUAAAGAACAAG